CGACAUGUUCGCCGGCGUGGUCCCGGCGGUGAAGUCGUCGACGAGGCCGAUGGCGCACGACGGUGCCGACGCGCACGCGCACAGCGCCGCCGCGCGAUCGAUGCUCGCGAGGCUCGCCGUCGGGUACGUCGAAUCAAUCGAUUCGACGACGACGACCACGACGGGGACUGCGGCGGGCCCCGGGGAGGAUCACGGACCGUUCGCGCGCGUCAGGGCGCGCCGCGCCGCGGUAAAAGCGGGAACAUCGGGACGACCGGCGGCGGCGGCGCACGCGACGUCGGACGGGGGAUCCCGCCCGGGGAGCCGCCUGGGGUCCAACGCGGGAUCCUCCGACGACGACGAGCUCGAGUCGGAUUCUCUUCGGAUGACGGAAGAACCGGGGUGCGCGAGCGCGACGGACCUCGACCUCUCGUCCGGUCGCGUCUCACCGUCGCUCGCCUCGCCGCCGGAUGGGGACUUGGACGGGGACUUCGGUAUCGACGCCACCGCGGCGCUCGUCCCGCAGGUGGGCGCCCUCGGCGAUCGGUACGUCGCUUGGGUCCAUCGGCCGAACGCGGAUGCGUCGCCGCUGCGAUUCUUCGAGAGCGACUGGGCCGAGGCGGCGACGCGGACGCCGUGGUGGCUCGUGCCUCUGGUGUGGCUCCCGAUCGCGGCGUACGCGGCGUUCGUCGGGUGCCGUUUGGCGAUGGACGGACGGUCGGGGGAUUUGGGGGGAUUUGGUUUUGGCGAUGGAUUGUUUGGCGACGGAAUGUUUGGCGGCGUUUGGCGUUGGAUGUGUUUGGUUUCGGCGUGGGUCGCCGGGUACUGGUUCUGGGGUGUGCUGGAGUACGCGUUCCACCGGUUCGCGUUCCACCGCGCGCCCACGUCGGCGCUCGGCAUCACGCUUCACUUUUUGAUGCACGGGUGCCACCACAAGGCGCCGGCGGACGCGUGCAGGCUGGUGUUCCCGCCGGCUGCGGCGGCGCCCGUGAUUUGGUUUUUUCGGCGAGCGUUUCGGUCCGUGAUCGGGGGGUACCUUGGCGCGGGGGAGGCGGCGUCAGCGCUGUUCUUCAGCGGGUGCCUGACCGGGUACGUCGCGUACGACUGCGUGCACUAUUUUUUGCACCACUGGGACUUCGAUCCCGGGACGUUGGAACGCGCGGGGGUGGGGUUUACCGACUGGGUCACCGACUGGGUUACUCGGAGGCUUCGCGCGGCUCGGUCGACGCACAUGGCGCACCACUACGACGACAGCGCGAGGUCGUUCGGGAUCACGAGCGGGAUGUUCGACCGUGCGUUCGGCACCGCGCCGCGCGCCAAGGCUAAGCCCGCGUGAGGGCGAUGGGCGGCGGACGAGGGUGGACGUCGUCGCGCCCGCGAGGGUCGAGGGCGAUUAAUUUAUUUCCAACGAUAAGAAGCGCCGAGGAGGGUGACUU